AUGGGGACAAACAAACGGCCCCGCAGGAGCAACAACCCACCACAGUCCCCGCCUUCAGCAUUACUUGGAGAGGAAGACGGCCCUGCCCUUUCUGCGCCGGACAAGCCUAUUGACACGCAACAAGAGCUCGAAGCGUGGCAGGAAUUUGCAGCAGAUCAUUACGAAACAGUCGAGCAGCUCCCGCUGGAGCUGCAUAGGAACUUCAGACUGCUCAGGGAGCUGGAUGAUGGCGCACUUGCACAAUUGGGGAUGUUGCAAGAUUCCAUGCGACAGUACAUCCAGGAGAGAAUAGCUUUGGAGCAAUUCGAAGCUCCUAAAGAGGUACCGCAACGCGUUCAAGAAGGAGAUCCAUCGCGUGGGUCUCCGAUUCCGGGGCCAAGUCCUGCAGAAACGCCUCUCAAAAACACACCUUCCCUUGCAGCUCAUGGCGAAGAGUCAGCAUCUCAACUCGAGAAGCAAAAACAUGAUGAAGGCAAAGGAUAUUUGGACGUGGAGAUGACCGAGGUGCCUUCAAAUAAACAUCAUUCUCCUUCCGACCCUGCUUCUCAAACCCUCGACACACUUGAAGACGACAACGCGCCCGAAGCAGAGGGUCCCGGAGACACGACCCCCGCGAGAGACUCGAGUACCCUAGCAGAUCCGUUGGAGGGACAGAUCGGUCCUGUCGACGGAGUGGCAUCUGCGGAUGGAGUACGAUCUGAGGGGAAAUAUGCCAAGGCGGUGGAAGCGGAAAGCGGUACCAUUUCGUCGCCGGGUCAAUCACAGCGUCGAGAAACAAAUGAUACCGCACCCCAGCAGCCAUCCUUCCUCCGCCCUCCUGGCCCUCACUCUCUCCUCCCCGAGAUUGCUCGUCUCUCCCGAGAACUCGUCCGCACUAGCGAUGAGAAAGUGGCGGUCGCCAUCGGUGCUUACAACGCCAUCGACAGGCAUAUCCGCGCUCUUGACUCUGCUCUCACAGCCCAAGAAGCCUCCAUUCUUCUCGGCCUCCGCCCCUCCACCCUUCCGUCAAACGCUAUCGACCACACCCUCGCACACGAUGGAGGUAGUGCCAAGACCGGCCUUCCAGGUGGUUCUGGCCCUGGUGUAGGUAGCGGCACUUUUGCUGGGGUGGACGGCCUGGCAGAAGGGGAUGAAGGGGAAAUCAGCUUGGGGCUCGGAGGCGGGGGUACAAGGAAGAAGGGGAAGAAGCGAAGAAAUAGAAAGGGGCGGCAGGAAGAGGCCGGGGGCGUCGGAGCGCUGGGUCACGAACAGGAAGAUUGGAGCAUACCAGUUGAUCCGCAAGUUUUCUCUGUUGCUACUGGCCUCUGGAAGGCUGACACGAGAUGUACAGGAACGAGCCAAGAUAUUGUUACUGCCACAGGGUUUCGUUCGGCGAAAUGA